AUGAUCACUAUCCCAAAUGAAAAGGAAUCCGUGCGGAUAUUCAUUAGAAAUCUCCAAGAUAAGUACCAAAAGCACUUAAAAUAUCAACUUCUAAACACUUUCAAGGCUGUCUACAAUAUAGGCAUCAAAAUUGAGGACGACCUUAUGAAAUCGGCAGCGGCUAACAGUAAUAAUGCGAAAGGAAAUAAGAAUGAUCAUCCUUCUUCUUUCUCUCCCAUUAAUGAAGUACUUGCUAAAGACACUUCUAAGCAACGAAUCCAAAGGUCAAAAAGGAUGUUUACUCCUCUUGGCAUGAGCUAUGAAACAGCCUUCGAUAAACUACACCACAAUAGACUGGUCAUGCCCAUAGGACCAAUCAAAGAUCCAGUCCCGGAGGCCAGGCCACCUAAGUGGUUGGAUGUGAAGAAUGCUUUCUUACAUGGUAAUCUAAAUGAAACUGUGUACAUGUAUCAACCUUUAGGAUUUAAAGAUCCUUCCCGGCCCGAUCAUAGUUUUGCAGACUUUGUGGCUUCUAUUGGUUUUGCUCACAGCAAAUCCGAUAAUUCUUUGUUCAUUUAUCACCAUGGUAAUGCUACUGCUUACAUUCUUCUACAUGUUGAUGAUAUUGUCCUCACUGCUUCUUCAGAGUCUCUUUGUCGCCAUGUGAUUUCACAACUGAGCUCUGAAUUUGCAAUGAAAUAUUAG